AAUCUCGCCUCACCCUCCCCUCUUUCAACCUGCUCCUUCUCUUUCCCUUCAUCAAACCCUAUUCCCUCAAUUUCUCUCUACAUUAUUUCAAUCUGUUUCUACGUUUUCAAACAGAUUGCCUCUCCAGAAUUGCGGCGAUUUUCCGAUCACCGACGAUCUCUGUUUUAAAACCAUAGAGCCUUUUGAUUUCUGAUUUUCUGGGGGUUUUCCGCCUUUUCGUAUUUGGGAAUUUCGUUCUAGGGUUUUUGAUCCGAUAAAUUUGGGGGUUUAAGGAGGAGGAGGCCAUGUCGGCUGGAGUCUGUGGAAAGCGGGUUGGGUUUGAGGAGAUCUUUGGAUCUUCUUCUCCGACGGCCUGUUCUUCCGCUAAAAGGUCCCGGUGGUUCAGUUUCGGAUCCCCGACCCGAUCGGAGUUCGGGUCUGGACAUGAGGAUUCUGCUUCGGUUUUGCUUCAGAUGUUCCCUGGAGUCGGUGCCGAGGCGCCUUCCUUUGAUGAUUUUAGUGCUCGUGUCGAUUCUGCAACGAUUGGAAAUUGUUCUACGGUCCCAGAUGAGAGAACAGCUACAUGCAGCGAAAUGUCACACGAGAAGGUCGAUGAAGCCACCGAUGCUGGUUCGGCCAUUGGUGAAGGAUAUGGAAUGCAUGGAUCCAAGUGGGUGGACAUGUUUGUGCAAGAAAUGGGAAGCGCGGUUGAUGUUGGUGAUGCUAGAAUUCGAGCCGCAAGGAUUUUAGAAGCUUUUGAACAUAAUGUAACUGUGCAUUCAAGAGAAUCAGAGGAGUUAAAGCAUGCUUCUUUGAAGGGGCAUUUGCAAAGCUUGGUAAAUGACAACCAAAUUUUAAAGAGAGCAGUCGCCAUUCAGCACGAGCGGAAUCUUGAGCAAGAAGAGAAGACAAGAGAAGUCCAUCAGUUAAAGCACGUCUUAUGCCAGUAUCAAGAACAAAUUCAAAGUUUAGAGGUAAGAAAUUACACAUUGAAUCUCCAUCUGCAGAGGGCACAAUCUAUUUCAGGACACUUCCACCAAGACAUAUUUUAAGGUUGUUUUUGUUUCAUUAAUUUCCUGUAUACGUAAACUUCUUUUCUUUGAGACAAACAUUGAGUUGUUGAUGCCAACAUAUUAUGAAGUCAUUUUGGUUGUGAUAUUCAAUCAAGCCAAACCCACUUUGGCUGUGUUCCUCGUGAUGAAACUCAAGAUGAAAAGCUAUGAAUUGUCUUCUCUUUAGUGUUUUAAUAUCAAUCCUAGUUUAUGCAUUCAUAUUUGAUA